AUGUUUGGUCUCCAAACAGGGUCUAAAUGGAGCUUUGGGAUGAUUAUCGCGGUCGUAUGUGCCGCCGUACUGGUUGUUGCGCUUGUCGCUGUUUCCGGUUUCGUAUACACCCGAUGGAAGAAACGGAAACAAAAGGAUGAGGAAAGAAGCCAGACAAUAUUGCUAUAUGAAUUGGCAAGUCCCAAAGAAGUGAUCAUAACACAAGAAGGCGAAUUGGUGACUGCUCAAGAAUUUCCUUUCUUUGAUUUAGCUACAAUAAGGGUAGCUACGGAUGAUUUUUCGGAUUCAAACAAGCUCGGACAAGGCGGAUUCGGCACGGUUUAUAAGGGUGUGUUACCAAUUGGGAAGGAAGUGGCAAUUAAAAGGUUAUCAAGAAAAUCAUGGCAAGGCUUGGAAGAAUUGAAGAAUGAAGUUAUUUUGAUUGCAAAGCUUCAACAUAGAAACCUUGUAAGGCUAUUGGGAUGUGGAAUUGAAGGUGAUGAAAAGUUGCUUAUAUAUGAGCUUAUGCCUAACAAAAGCCUUGAUUUCUUCAUCUUUGAUCCUGAGAAACGCUCACAAAUUGAUUGGAAAACAUGGUUCGACAUCAUUACUGGAAUUUCCAGAGGACUUCUUUAUCUUCACGAGGAUUCUCGGCUUAAAAUCAUUCACAGAGAUCUAAAACCCAGCAAUGUGUUGUUGGAUCAAGACAUGGUCGCCAAAAUAUCAGAUUUUGGGAUGGCAAGGAUCUUUUGUGAAAACCAGAACGCAGCCAACACUAAAAGAGUUGUGGGAACAUAUGGAUAUAUGGCUCCGGAAUAUGCAAUGGAAGGAUUAUUCUCGGUGAAAUCCGAUGUUUUUAGCUUCGGCGUGAUAGUGCUAGAGAUUCUUUCCGGAAAAAAAAACAGCGGUUUCUACCAAACCAAACAUGCUCAAACACUACUUGCAUAUGCUUGGGGGCUAUGGAAAGAAGGGAAAGAAUUGGAAUUAAUGGACCCUUGUUUACUGGAAUCAUGCUCGAUACCCGAAAUAAGGAGGUGCAUACAUGUCGGGCUUUUAUGCGUGCAGGAAGAUCCGACAGAUAGACCAACCAUGUCCGAUGUAGUAGUUGUCUUAGGAAGUGACACGAUUACGCUUCGCGAACCCAAAAGACCUGCAUUUUCGGUCGGAAGAAUGAUUACGAACUAUCAGUCUUCAAUAAUAGAUCCGUCGAUAAACCAGAUGACAAUGUCUAAUAUCUCGGCCCGCUGAAAAAAUUGGCUCCGAGUAAGAAUAGAAUUUAACCUAACUACUGUAGGAUUGGAUGUCCGAAAUUUCAAUUUCCCAUUUGUUCAAAUGAUAUAACAGGAAUGUUGAUGUGGUUGUUUUUGUGAAUAGGCAUGAUUAAAUCAAUGUAAUUAUAGAUAUAGUCCUGUUUAGUCUAUUCUUAA